AUGGAUUUUCCCCAACAAAUUGAAGAAACACUUGUGGCUAGAUCACCAUCGGUCUAUGAUGUUGUAAUGGAAUCACCGCUAUAUGCGGUAUCGAAAUUCCCAGAAAGUGGUACUCGUGGCAGUUUUGCACUUAUGAACGCAUUUGAUCAGAACAAACUAAUUGAGUCGGGAAGUAAUUUUAAUUAUAUCGAUAAAAUGGCAUCGAGCAUGAAUAGUAGCACCACCAUGGAUGAUACCACACCCAGUGAUUCGGGUGUACAAAUGUUGGAUUCGGAAUCCAGCGAAUUAAUGGCCGAGUCCAUUACCUCACAAACUGGUUUUGAGUUUGAGGAAAAUGCCAAAGCCCCAAUGGAGUUGGGACGGGUGGAAAAAGGCCAAAAUAAGGAUGCAUUGAUUGUGAUACCAGCCGAAGAGACAACGGUAAUGGAUAGUAAUUCGAAUAUAACAGGAGUGACAGCGGUGGCCAACAAUGCAGUUGUUGGGGCCGCCUUAGUGGAAGAAGCCAUGACAAUAAGUCAAUGUUCAACAUUCGAUACAACCGAAAAUAUUGUCUAUCGGCGUAAAGUACGUAAAACACCCAGUGUGGCAAAGGCGCCCAAGAAACGGGUGUCGUUCCAUGAAGAUAUACUGAAAAAUACUCGCACCGAUAAUAUACACAUUGAGCAUGGUUUUAUAACCUACAAGGCGGGUGUACAACGACGUAUGGCCCCGGCAAUGGGCCAGGCAGGACGUUAUUCUUGGUGUUCGGAAGGUGAUCGCCAGCGUUCUGCAGAACUUUGUAAUUCUCAGGAAGGUGAUGAGGGAGAUGAAACGGCGGCCGGUGGAGAUGGGCCCAAACGUAGAGGUCGUGUGGUAUAUCGUAAUGCCUGUUCCGAUGUGCUAGACUACGGCAAUUCCGACAUAUACGAUAUGAAUGAAAGCCAAUGCUUACAAUACGAUAAUUCGGGAGUCUUUGAAUAUGCACCCAAUGAAAAGAAAAAUGCCGUAGAACCCCCAAAGUCUGCUGCAGCUGAGAAAACGGAAAAUAAACCUGAACUUUAUAAAUGCUCAUGUUCCAGUUCGAAUUCAAGUCUCGACUCCGAUGAAAAUGAUAAAAAUUCAAAUGGUGGUCAAAGUUAUGGUCAAGCCAAGAGUAACUCCUGUGAUUGUAUUGGUAUGAGUAAUGCCAAUAAUAAUAUAAUUGGUGACAAUUGUUAUUAUUCAGAACCCAAUAUUGAUUUUGAUGAGAGUCCACCACGACAAAAAUCCGUAUGGAAUAAGGAAAAGAAACCCAAAUCAAGUUGCCUCAAGAAAACUAAAUGCCAUACCAAUAUUAUACACGAACAAGAUCUCAAUACUAAAAUGAAGAAGUUUAAUGUCCAUGACAUGAACCAGCUACUGGAUAACAGCAGUAAAAUGAUAUUUGGUUCAUUGAAAAGCAUCUUUACAAUGCCAUUACCGGAACGGGGUGUACCCGAGGGUUCAGAAGAUUUACAGGCAGUUGUGGAGUGUCUAUCCGAAUUGGAACAGACACCAGAACAUCAUCCAAAACCCCGGGAAAUGGAACAAUUCGCAGAGCGCCCAGAAUCACCACCACUAAAGGCCAAACCAUUUCUAAGUAAAAGCCUAGAUGGCUCGAAGCAACAACAACCCAUUAAGAAAUUUGUACACAAUGUCGAUGAACAAUUGAGACGUAACAAGGAAGAAGAUAUUUACACAGCUACACGACAAAAUAGCGAUGAACCUCCCAAAGAUGUUUCAACGAAAACAACACCCCACUUGGUGCGUCAAAUGGAAUUUGAAAGUGAUACAGAUUUGUUUAAUGCUGGUGCUGCUGCUGUGGCUGUAGCCACAGCUUCUUCUACUGCCUCAUCGACAUGUGAGACAACCACUGAUCGUACACCAUUCCGCAAUAAAUUCAUUAUCAACUGUGAGAGUACUGUAUUCGAACACACCGGUGUCUCGUAUUGCUAUGAAACAUCAUCAUUUAAUGAUCUCAAUAAUAUGGACGAUUUACAUGGCAGUAUUGCUAGUUUAAUUGAAAAAGACACGCCCAUUGCUCAACCAGAACCGGAAGUUUUGAAAAGUGCUUUUAUGACAGCCCCCUUGGCUAAGACAUUUUCCAAUUUCUUUCGCAGUUUUAAAGAUUCUGGAAAGGAUAAAACAUCACCAAAGAAAUUGAAUAACAAUAAACACAGCAGCAAACAAGCACAGGAAGACGAGGCCAAGAAAAUGCAAGAGGCUACAGAGAGCUAUUUUGCACUUAAAAUGCCCAAACGUAACAGCGUUGCAAAUGCAGUUCCUUUGGCUAGCAGCACACCAACAAAAUUCCCCUCUAUAUCAUCAUCAUCGACCAUAUCGGAAUUAACAACAACUACAACUUCCAAUUCGGCACAAAAUCAUCAAACGGCAGCACAGCAUCACAAAUCGAGUACUUCCCUAACAAGUGGCAUUGCCAGUGGCACUGGCAGCAGUGGCUUGCCAUCAACACCACGCGGUGAAAGUCUUGCCAUCGGCACCGAUCUACGAAGUAAUCUCGAAAAACAAUCACGUCAUUUACCCUCGCCGAUUAAGAAACGUUUAAGUGUUGCUGGUUCUACACUCAUACAACAACAUCCACCACAGAGAUAUGGUAGUAGUGCCGCAUCGCAAAUGCAUCAAAGCAGUCUUCAUGCCGACAUGGCCAUGUUCAGUCCUGAUCUAUAUAUGAUGGGUGCUCGUGGUGGCAGUGGUCGUGACUCAAAGAGUACCAUCUUAAGUGAAGAAUUCGAUGAUAUUCUGACCAUAACAACCGAUACGGAACGCAAUGAAAGCGACAUUGUUAUUGUUGAUUAUCAAGAUGUCAGUGACCGCAGUAAUGGCGGUGCUGCAGCCAUCGAAUAUGGUAAUCUCUUGAAACCGCCACAACCACCAGCUAAAACAUCGUUGAUAAAUCGUUUUCUACGCAACGUCACGCAAAAGAAAAUACUCGAGUCGUCGAUAAGACGUAACAAUUUCUUUGCCCAGAAAUUGAAAACGGAACAGAAACUCUUCACCGGCAAUUUGUAUGUGAAAGGUGCAAAACCACGUAAUUUGGAGUUGAUUGAAGAUUUAAAUGCUGAAAUUGCUAUGGAAAUUGAAAUGUCAGGGGUUAAUUCACCACGCAAAGAAUUGGCUAAUUUGGAGAGUGAUUUACCAGGAGAUUUGUCACGUUUCGAGUUGGGUAUUGGUGAAAUAUCUAUUGAUGUAUUUGCCGGUGUACAAUUGAGUAUUCUAAAAGAUGUCACUGAACAAUUGAUGAAAGUUUUCAAACUAUAUACUGGUUAUAGUAAAGAGGGUUAUAUGACACCGGUAUUGGUGCUAUUAACGGAUAAAUCGAUAUAUGUUACGGAUCUGGUACGCAAUCGUUUGUGUUCGAAAUUUGUUUUGGCCUAUCGGGAACUGGAUGUUAUAUUGAUGGGUCCCUAUGGUAACACAGUUUUGCUCUCGAAUAGCACACGGGAUAAACAACAAGUUCUAUUGGCCGGUGGUCCAUAUCCAGCAGCAGGUUUAGUUGCUAAUUUAGAAUUGUGUGCUCGGCGAAGUGGUUCCAUACUACCAGCUGUUGGUCAGCUGACACUAGACCACUUAGCCCCGUUACAAGAAUUUGUUCGGGAAAAUUCAUGUGUGGGUAAACAUGAUGCUUGGAUGUAUUAUGCCGUGGUUAAUGUACCCGGCUCCGCAUUGGGUGAGACUGGAGAACAGGAACCUUUGGGACCGCAUGCCAAAGGUUUUCUAAUGCAUCGACGUGUCAAGGAAAAUAUGAGCAAUACCACAUCUAAACAACAUCCAUGGAAUCCGGGAUAUUUUCUAUUAAAAGCUGGCGUAUUGUACAUGUUCAAUGAUUCGACACAAAAAAUACCCAGUUGGGCCAUGGCUUUGGCCGAAUGUCAAGGUGCCCGGAGAGCAGUAAAAGCCCAAAGGCCUCACUGUUUUGAAAUAAUGCUGAAAAAUAAAAUGCUAUUGCAGUUGGCGGCACCCGAUGAAUAUGUGGCCUCCGAAUGGUUACAGGCUUUAUUGCAGUCGGCAAGUGGGCUCUUUGAAAUGCAAGAGAAACACAAGACAUUGGGCUGUACUUUGGUGGUGACACAAAAUCACUUAAUAACUCUCCGAGAGGACUUUACUGCUCCACUUCGAAAGCUAAAGCAGGAGGAAGAAAAUAAUACUCUAACCAAAACGGAAACCCAAUCUUUAAACGCUACAAAUACAACAACAGAAGAAGAACAAUAUUUACCAGAAACUGGAAGUUUGUUAAGCUCUGCCAUGAGCACUCCAACACGUAACACUCUACGUUCCGAGUCAUCGAUAAAUUCAACACCAACAAAGCUUUCGCAACUAUCACGUUCCACAACAACAUGUAAUACCACUUUGGCAUCAUCGUUGGCUAGCAAUAAUGUCGCCAUUACACCAGCAUAUUUUUCAAUGCGCUCAACAGUAGCUGCUGCAACAUCUAAGCAACUUAUUGCCGCCGAUACUCAACAACAAGACAGGCAACAAUCGCAAUCUACAACACCACCACGUUCCAGUCGCCACAGCACCAUGAGUAGUGUUUAUGGUAAAAACUCUGGUUUAGAGAUUUUAACAUGCGCCGAUAUCAAAGAAAUGACUGGCAUUAAAAUACCCUCACACACCGAUACAUGGUGGUGUAUUUUGGAAUUUUCAUGUCAAGAGGUACGCGAAUGUUCGGAUGAUUUGGUGAUAUUCUUUGCCAGCAGCACCGAAAUGCAAAGAUUUCUACGUUUGCUGGAACAGCUGUGGCAGGCUAAAAAUAAUGACUUGUUCCCCAUUUGUGUAUUGGAUGAAGAUGACAUCAUAGCUGAACAAUGCACCAUGCUCUAUAUGGAUAUAAAUCGUUCCUGGGAACCGCUGCUAUCGGCUGCCCUGGGCUAUCCUAUAUAA